AUGAUUGGUGGAAGCAAGAACUCUGGAGCAUCUCCUCCUUUGACGCUGGAAAGCGUAAACGCCACCCUGUUGGGCUCUGAACAUGAUAAGAGCACAGCGGGGCAGGAGGAUCUUUGGAACAUGGAUCUAUCCACCCUUUUCGCUUUGGAGACUGAGGAACCCAGGCGUGCGGCUCCGGCGAGAUCCUCGUCGGCUCGGGAACCCAGAGAAGCACUCAAGAAGCACAUGCAAUGCCAACGCCGCCCUUCGCUUCCUAGAAAACUUUCCAAGAGCAACCUUUCUGUUUCGUUUGGUACGAGGGAAGUUCGAGUCUUUGAACGCAUCCUCGGAGAUAACCCGGCUUGCCAAGGUGGGGGCCCUUCCCUUUCUAUUGGUUGGAAUUAUGAAGAGAAGCCUCCAGUUGGCUUGGAUAGACCCGUGGCGCGGCCCAGGUCUUUGUCUCCAGUGCGAUCUUUGUCUCCAGUGCGAUGGGCUGAUGCAGCUGCUGGUGCCAUGAACCUGAAGAAUACUAGUCGAAAGAAAAGCUUGGUGAUGUCCGCAUCCAAGCGAGAGAAGAUGGCCAAGAACCUUGGAUACACGAAGGAAGACAUUCAGAAGAAUGUAGCCCAGGUGCAAAAGGUUCAGAGACAACGCGUGAGGACUGUGAAGGCCUUGAAACAAGAAGAGCUCAAACAGUUCUGUGCUCAUAAAAAUCUGGCGGUUCAGACCUGGAUGGCAGGUCUCACGGCAUAG